AUGAGUAUCGCGAAGAUGGUCCAUCCACAAAUAAGAACCUUUUAUGUACGGAAACUCCGCAACCGUAAAGGUAAAUUGUUGUAUACUUCCGAUGAAUCAUUAGCAGACGAAAUUUCCUACGAUGAGGCAAGAUGCUCGCUUAUCACAAGCAAUAAUGGUGAUGAAGAUGUUAUUGUUGUUGAGAACAAAACCAGUGUCACUGCUAAUUUAUUAGAAAAGAAGAUUGCUUUGGACAUGAAUGAGCCAGUAACCUCUUUUAUACGGUUGAGAAAACGUGCUCCAAUUUAUCAGCAAGUGGGUACCUUAUGUGUAUCAUUUUGUCGUACAUUUGAUUCAUUGUUUCGAGCAGUCAUAACAAACAUAAAUAAUAUUGGCAUUGAAGUUCAUUAUGUUGAUUAUGGCAAUUAUGAAACAGUGAACAGAGACGAUCAAAUGUCGAUUUUUAAUCUGUCUGAUGUCGCUCGUACCUAUCCAGGAAUGGCAAUCCCUUGCAUGCUUUUCAAUUCGCUUGUCUCAUCAACUGUUUCGAAUUCUGCGGAAACUGAAGACGAAUUUAUAACAAAUUUGAAGGAUGCCGUUUCAUGUGAACACCAUUCAUUCCGAAUUCGAAUACUGCAAAUUCGUGAAGAUAGAAUCUGCAUCGUUGAAUAUAUUUCAUCGACAGGAGAGCUUUGUUUCAUCAUUCAUUUUCUUAGAAGGUUUGAGAUUGUGGUGCGAAUUUGCCCGAAAUUGAGGUAG